AUGGGUUCCCAGCAACUCGAGAAUCCGGCCGCUGAGCUACUGGCGACAGUCUUGAGUGGCAUGGAUGGUUUGGGUGACCAGUUACAGACACUGACAUUGCAGGCUGAAGAUGCCCACGCCCAAGCCCAGAAUCUCAUGCUUCCCAGCAACGAACAGCCUGCACAGACAUUUGAUGAUCCACAGCCCGUGGACUCAGAGGAUGUGAUCAUGACGGGGAGCGAUUUAGCCUCGGCCAACAGUCUGUCUGACUCACCCAAGGAGGGAGGCAACGAUAUCAACGACCGUCGCGCAGUCACUUCGAGCCCAACCAACCGAAGCGCAAGAGCCGACCUGAAUACAAGGCGAGAGGGGAGAUCCUUCGCAAGGAGCCACUCGGUUGGGACUGAAUCAUCAGCUGCCUCCAUGGCCAUAGACACGUCACCAGCCGGUUCCGUUGCGACUCACAUCACAUGGCCGGAGAGCUCUGGUCGGUCUGCUGACGGGGAUGAGGCCAUGUUGGACGUCGAUGACACAGGAGAUAACGUGCAGAAACGGCAGCCUGACCUUGGAGGCCUCAAAAGAAUCGCUGACUCUGGCUCGGGACAGGACCCCGCGACUGGCGACAAACCCAGCUCCCCUGACGCGCCGAGUCCGGUCACUGACGACAGAACUGGCCAGCCAACUCAGAGUCCUGAGGUCAGUGAAAGGGCCAGUUCCUCUGAGCCACAAAGUCCUACGGCACAGACUGAAGCUGAGCUGCACGACGACCGGCUCGCCAGCCCCCCGGUGAACAGCGAUAUGAGGCCCAAUGAUUCUCAUGCCGAUGAUCUCACUCAAGGCAUGGAAUCAGCCAUGGAUAUCCUGGCCGCGGCCGCAGAGCAGCAUCAGUCGCCAGGGAGUGGAGAUGAGCAACGCUCCAGCGGCCAACAGACAGAGUCUCCCUCUGCCGGCCCACCUGGCGAACGAAGCGAUACCGCCAGCACACCACCAGCGAUACAGUCCACGCCGCCCAACGGGACACGCUCCUCGCUUCCUCCGACAACAGUUCUCACGCCGGCUGAUAUGAAAAGGCUCGUCCCCAAACUUGCCGAGAUGGAACGUGAAGGUGAACACCAGCACUUCUCUGUUCCUCGCAGAAAUGUUGACUUGGCCCACAUGAAGGAGAUGGUCAAGACGACUGAUGAAAGGUGGCAGACCACGAGCACUCAGUAUGUGCCAGGUCCAAAAGGCAUGGGCUACGCAAAUAUUUACGUCCCGGAUCGUCGACCUCCAAUCCACUGGGAGGGGUUCACUACCCAAUGUCAGCGGCCAACAAUUCCGGAAAUCGUGGCAAUCUUUGAGAAGUAUGCCUCAGAUCCUCCUCGAGAAGAUAUUCCGUAUUAUAUUGGCAAUCUCGAUAUUCUUCCUGAAGAGCGUUUGGAUCCUGGACCUGAGAUUACGGGAAACCCUGAACUUAAGGACCUACACGUCCCGUAUCACCAUAUUGGUGGUCAUGGUUCCGGAAACCGUAUACAUAGGGAAGAUUUCAUCACAUUCCGAUCCUAUAAUGAGGUCUACUUCGGAACCGGGUAUAAACUUUGGCUGGUGAUUGAAGAAGAUCACAUAGCUAAGUUCAAUGCAUUUGUCAAAGCAAAAUGGGACUGUAACGAAUGCGACCUGUUUGUUUCACACCAAUGUCUUCUCCUCGCUCCCUCCAGACUUGACAAGGCGGGCAUACGUUAUAAUGUUGCGGCCGUUGGAUGUGGUGAAGCCUUCUACACCUUACCGGGACAGCCGCAUGCGAUUAUCAAUUUUGGACAUUGCGCCGCUCAUUCGAUUAACUACAUACCACCUGGGGAGGAAAUUGACUUUAGCAAGAUCACUACGUGUACCGACGAUGGCAUGUAUGUUGUUGGGAAAAAAUAUGGGCAAACCACUGCCUCCGUGCAGGAAUUGGUCCAAACCAACAAACGAAAAGCACAUCAGCAACUCUCCCAAGUCGCUCCAAAGAAGACACGAACCUAUACCGCAGCCCAUCGGGGAUUAAUCGAGAUCGAGCAAGGCCUGAAAGGGAUACGUUAUCGUCCAAUCCAAAUCGACCGCGAGCAUCCCUCGGCCGCAGAGUUGAAUGUAUACAAGCGAGUCGCUGCUGUCCGUAGCACAGCGGCCAUACAACAGUUCAUUACUCUGGUGAAGGAUUGGAAGAAUGAAGGGGUCCCCGUCCAUAUCGACAAGAGUCAAGAUAAGCUGAACCAGUCAGUGCAAUUAGUGAAAUUCUUUGAGGGCAAAGCAAAUUUGUCAAAGUUCGAACUUCGUCUUAAUCAAUGCAAACUAGCUCAUGAAGCUGAUACGAAAAAGGGGCCUUUAGACAAGGCCCAUAAUGCAGGCUAUCUUGCAACUCUCGCAAUUAAGCAUAAUGUGCUGGUGAGUUGGUUGAUAAGGCACAUUCAAGAGGGCAGGAAAUGGAAUCGUAUCUGUCAAUCACACGAUGGAUUGCUCCCCUUUAUCUUCUUGGACUCAAAAAAUCCUUUUGGGUUGAAAAAAAAAAGACUGGACCGAUCUCUAUUGCGAAAAAUUUAA